AUGGCCGAGCAGCGGCCCCCACGGCCGCUCUACUUCCCCCACUUCCACGAACGCGCCGAGCCCCUCCCAGCCCAGAGCGGCGGCGUGAGGACGCCCUUCGCAGCCCUGUGCGGGCCGCGGCAGCCCCCGCCGGCCGCCGCCGAGGCGCCCCGCUGGGCGGCUGCGCUGGCGCCCAUCGCCUACGAGCCGCUGCGCUUUUUCUGCCCGGCGGCGGCCGCGGAGGAGGCGGGGUGCGCGGCGCGGCGGCCCGGGGAGCAGCUGGAGGGCGAGAUCUGCGAGCUGGGCAUCCGCCUGAAGGAGCUGGAGCUGCUGGCGCUCAUCGGCGACGGCUUCGACGCCCAGCAGUAUAAACUUCUGAAGGCACUGAAAGAAGAAAAGAUGCAAGCCAUGAAAGCAAGGCAGAAGCUGAAGAAAUAG